AUGGACAACCCGAAAGUAGGACAACCAACGAAGCCAUCUCGGAAGAAGCGAUGGUUCAACCCGCAGCUGAUGCACCUGAAGGUGACGCUGUUUCUCGUGUUUGGAGCGACGAGCGCACUCAUACCGUACCUGACGAUUCACAUGCAAAGCAUCGGACUGACCGUGGAAGAAGUGGCCUCAGUGUACUUGACGCUCCUGUUCACCUCCUGUUUGAGUCCUCCACUCACAGGCUUUCUGAUCGAUCGGUUCGGUCGCUACAAACCGGUGCUAAUGACUAGCAUUGUGCUGAAUGCCGCUGCGCAUCAUCUAAUCCACUUUAUUCCGGCACGCGACGUAACCGUGACACAGCGGAACUUCAGCGUUACGUACACACCCGAUCGUGAGGCUCUGUUACUGGAGAGCUCCGUGUGCCCCGAAGAGCGAUGGCUUAACGCUAGCUGCUUUAACAGUACAUACAAAGAGCGUACACCAUCUCAAAAAACACUCCUGUAUAUUGGAGAUCAUAACUGUGGCGAUUACACCGUACCCGAGUGUACCUUAAACGAGCUAGGCAUUCAGGGUGUAGUGAGCCUACAUGAACAGAUUCACCUCCAGAGUGAGUACGACUGGACGUUCUGGACGUACCUGAUCGUGCGGUUUGUAGCCACAUCGAUGUUGGCGUCAACGCUCACCAUCACUGACCCGAUCGCGCUGGACAUGGUGGAACAACACGGUGGUGACUAUGGGCGUGAGAAGCUGUACUCGAGCGUUGGCAUGGCCAUUUUCACACCACUCACAGGUCUCAUGAUCGAUGUGUACUCAAGUGACACCAACACCGUAUACACGCCGGCUUUCUACACCUACGAUGUGCUUCUGCUCGGCUCACUCUGGUCAGUGUCACGGAUGCCCAUACGUCGAAAAGAACCCACACCCAGUGUGCUGCGUGACACGACUCGCAUCCUACACCGACCAGCCGUGUUGGUGUUUCUCGCGUUCCUCUUCCUACUCGGCAACUUCUGGGGCUUCAUCGAGAGCUACCUGUUCGUGAUCAUGAAGUCGAUGGGCUCGCCAAACUACCUGCUCGGGCUGACGUACACCGUCGGUACGGUGGCCAGCAUCCCGAUGAUGUUUCUUCUCGAUCGCAUCACACGACGCGUCGGACACGUCAACCUGCUGGUGGUGGCGUUCUUUGCACAUUCGCUGCGCAUUCUUGGCUACUCGUGGAUCAACGAUCCGUUCUGGUGCUUCCCGAUCGAGCUGAACGAGGCGAUCUCGUGCUAUUUCAUGUGGGUUGUUGCCACUACGUACUGUGCGGUGCUCGCACCUAGCAGCCUUGUUGCGACGCUGAUCGGCAUCGCUGGUAUGGUGCACUUUUGUCUCGGUAAGGGCGUAGGUUCGUUCGCGGGUGGUUUUCUGAUCGCGCGUGUCGGUCUUACGAUGGCGUUUCGGUACGUGGGCUAUCUGGCUGCAGGUUGUGGGGUGUUGUACAAGCUGGUGCAUGUCGUGUGGUUACGCAAGGUCGAAGACGACCAUAAGCUACCAGAACCCAGUCCAGCCGUGGUCGAGUUGGUUCGACGGCGAGCCUCGAUCUUGCCGAAAGUGGAACAGUUCGGGAGUUCGCUAUCAUUCUCUGGACAUGCGCCAGGGAAACCGAAACUCCCACUCGAACCGUCCGAAGAGCAGGUACCUCUCGAGCAGCAAUAG